UUGUUUUGUUCAGCUUUUCAAUACAAACAUAUUUACAUACAGAAAUAAAUAUUUCAAUAUUGAAAAGAAUUAUGUGCAGAUGAUUUGUAAAUCCCCAUGUGGUAAAGUGAAUCCCGAUUGUACCUGCGGCUGUAAAUACAGUUAAAGGCAUAUUGGACUGACCAGACUCAGGCGCAUAUAAUUUAUCUUAUCGGAAUAGCCCUCAAAACUUAUCAAAAACAAGGAUUGACACGCAUUAAAAAUAUUAGUCAAUAUGUCCAACAUAACUGCAGCUCAGGAACGCACACGCCAGUGGCUUGAAUCGCAACAGGAUGACUUGGAGUCAUUAGCUGAGUCAUCGGUGGUAGACAGUGUGAACGAUUUGGAAGAAAGAUUUAGCGCUCAUACGUUUACCGAACAGGAAGAUACUGAGGACGACGUAUACACCGACGAAGAGAUUAGCACUACAGCUUUAGGCACACAAUUGGGCGUUAAAACAGACACAUAUAUACAAGAUCUGCGCGAUCUUAUGAACUCUAUCAACAACAUACAAACUGUGGGCAAUGUAAGCAUCAGUAACUCCACCAAUGUGCACAUCGGCAAUGUGACCAACAUAAAUGGCAGUAUACAUGUCCAUGCACUUUCACGUAAAAGCAAUAAACGCCGCACGCGAAGAAAAGCGUCUCUUGAGACUCCAAGUGAAAAAAAGGAAGAAUGUAGCUCACAUGAAGGGGAGCUAUUAGAGUCAGAGGAACGCAUUAACAGCGAUGUAUUUAUUGCUCAACAAAAGUUCAAAUUACCAAAGGAGCUUUGCGCUAUAGUACCGCGUCACUCUUGGCUUGCUCAAAGACCCAUGGAGGAGCCAACUAAACUUCAGCGACCUGUAAAAUAUGUUGUUAUAUUGCACACUGCUACAGAGCAUUCCGUGAAGAGAGCGAUCAAUGUACGACUUAUAAGAGAUAUACAGUGUUUUCACAUUGAGAGUCGUGGUUGGAAUGACAUUGCCUAUAAUUUUCUUGUUGGCUGCGAUGGCAACAUCUACGAGGGUCGCGGCUGGGAGACAGUGGGCGCUCAUACUAUGGGCUACAACAAAAAAGCUUUAGGUAUUGGUUUUAUUGGCUGCUUUAUGCGUGAAUUGCCCACUGCAGAUGCCUUAAGCAUGUCCCGAAAUCUGCUACAGCGCGGCAUCGAAGAGGGGCACAUAGCCAAGGAUUAUCGACUGAUUUGUCACUGCCAGUGCAAUUCAACUGAAAGUCCAGGACGUCGACUAUUUGAAGAGAUACAAACCUGGCCACAUUUUUAUAAUAUAGCACAAGACGAGCAGCGUUAGCUUUAGAUCCACAUGACAAAUAGAUUGGUAUUGGACACAUUUACCUAUUGGAUUCAGUAACUUUUUAUGUUUAGU